CCCCGCGGUUUGCGGCGGGGAACGGGCCAUGGAGAGCGGCGGGGCGCUGAACGGCUCCGCCGCCGCCGGGCGCUUCGCCGCCGCGGGGACGGCGGCGCUGGGCGCGUUGAUGGUCCUGCUGAUCGCCGUCACCGUGGCCGGCAACGCCUUGGUGAUGUUGGCCUUCGUGGCGGACUCCAGCCUGCGGACCCAGAACAACUUCUUCCUCCUUAACCUGGCCAUUUCGGAUUUCCUAGUAGGUGCCUUCUGUAUUCCCUUGUACGUGCCCUAUGUGCUGACGGGGAGAUGGAUCUUCGGGAGAAGCCUCUGCAAACUCUGGCUGGUAGUUGAUUACCUGCUCUGCACCUCUUCGGUCUUCAACAUCGUGCUGAUUAGCUAUGACAGAUUCCUCUCGGUGACAAGAGCGGUUGCCUACAGAGCCCAGCAAGGCAACACCAAGCGAGCAGUGCUGAAGAUGGUGAUGGUAUGGGUACUAGCGUUCCUGCUUUAUGGACCUGCCAUUAUCAGCUGGGAGUAUAUAUCAGGCCAGAGUAUCAUACCCACUGGGGAAUGCUACGCUGAAUUUUUCUACAACUGGUAUUUUCUCAUGACAGCCUCUACGCUGGAGUUUUUCACCCCUUUCAUCAGUGUAAUGUUUUUCAACCUGAGCAUUUACCUGAACAUACAAAAGCGUACCAAAACACGCCUGGAUAUUUUCCACGAAGUGCACAACCAGUCGUUCACUGAAGAGAUGGAAAUGAGCCCAGAAGCAAAGCUUUCUUUGAAACGCUGUAAGUGGGAGCAGAAGGAGCCAGCUGAAACCCUCGACCUCUCUAAGAGCAAGGCGCAAGCAGCAGCCUCCACUGCCAGCCUGGGUGCCAAAGACCUACUGUCAACAAGCUCUGAGAGCUCCAGGAAACCCAAGUGUUGCAACAAAAACAGCUGUAAAAAUUCAGCAUCCACGCUCUCCUUGGAGAAACGGAUGAAGAUAGUGUCCCAGGGCAUGACUCAACGCUUCAGGCUCUCUAGAGACAAGAAAGUGGCUAAAUCACUGGCAAUCAUCGUGGGCAUUUUUGGAAUUUGCUGGGCACCGUACACUCUCCUGAUGAUCAUCCGCGCUGGCUGCCAUGGCCACUGCAUCUCUGAGUACUGGUACGAGACUUCCUUUUGGCUGCUGUGGAUCAACUCAGCUGUCAACCCUGUCCUAUACCCUCUCUGCCACUACAGCUUCAGAAGAGCUUUUAUUAAACUCCUCUGUCCCAAGAAGCUAAAGAUUCAACCUCACGAUCCCCUUCAGAACUGCUGGAAGUGAAGCCAGCCCUGUGUGCAGAUGAGAAGAACCUUGGUUUAAUACACCUGUGUUAUGAGAAAGUACUGGAGCUUGCUUCCUUGGAAGAACCUGGCAGCACUGGUCUGGGGCAUGCGAGGAAGGCAGCAGUAAGACCACUAUUAAUUUAUUCUAGUCCAUCAACAACAUAAUCACGCAGGAUAGAAGGGUAAAGGGGUUUUUGACAUUAACUACAGACAGUGAAAUCUGUCCCCGCCACUUGCAGGUGCCACAAAAGAGCUCUGCUGCCACCUAGUCAGCCAGAACUGCACCAGCAUUUUGCUAAAAUAAAGAGAAACAGAAACUGAAAAAUAAAAGCUAACAAAAAUAAAUAUCUAACCUAAAACUAUUGGACUAAACUACAGUUUAUCUGUUCACAGACCUGAUUUUUCCUGUAAAUGGGAGCGUUUUGUCCUUACACUUAAGAUAUUACACAUAUGUGAUGAUACAGAAAGAAAAGAACAAACCUCAGAAGGACACCACCUCAUUUAUCGUGAUUGCUACAGCGGUAAUCUAGAUCCCUGUUGCAUGUGGUGCAAUAGAUGUCCCUUCCACUCCCCGAGAAGGGACAAACCUCUGCCCUAAGGAGUUUACAGCCAGACUCAAAGGCGCUGAGCAUCCUGAAGCACCCUGUCGGCAUUCCCUCAUCCCUGCUUCAAAACUGAUUCAAUUUCCUUUGCGUCCAGCCACACACCGGCCAGUGCUCCCACAGCACAUGGGAUUGCUUCCCUCCUGCCCGGAGCUGUGCAGCAGGAGCAAGCCCGGUCCCUGGCCCCGCAGGACGUGGGAGCCCUGGCAGACCCGAAGAAGAGGGCUGCUGUGCCUACGUGAAGGGUGCCAGCAGGGUAUCAGCUUCUCCACAGUCUCCCUCGUGAUGACCCAAAGAUAUUUUAAAAAUCUCUUCUGCAGGAUCUUAAAAAUACUCUUUUGGCUAUGUGUUAGAGAAUGACAAGCGCUGAGAGAAGUAAAUCUUGUGUUCCUUUUUUUUAAGUUAGUUUCAGACCUCUUAAUUGUAGCAAGUUCCAGAACUCUUGCAUGCUUCCUUUUAAAAUACAUAAUUUGAAUGGAGACCUGGGUUAAGCUGAUCCAGGCAACAUAAGCAUUUUUUUUAUUAUUAUUUUUUAAUUUUCUUAAAGCAGUCAACUAAUUCCACAGAUAUGAGCACCAGAUUCAAGAGACCAGGGCUCUAGCUUCACUCUUAACAUAAAAUCUUGGGCAUUUUAUCGCUGCUUCCCAUUUUGCGCUUCACCAUACUUGCCCAUUUAUUCUGUAACCUCUUUGGGAACAGAGGUAGUAUGGCCAUAAAGCAAAAUACUUCCACUGCCCACCUCUGUUGGCACUGCUCAGUGAUAUAGUAAUACAAAUACGUAAUUAGUUGCCAUGGCAAACGCUCAUAUUUAACUGUAUUGUACAGGGAAACUCAAGAUCAUAAGUCUGAAAACUACAUUUACAAAUAGAAACCUAAAUGCUGUGUAGUAGCACCCAAAAGCUUAUGAUGUUGUGAUUGCCAAUUACACUUCGCUGUUGUAAGCAAACUGCUUUUUGGCUGCUGCUAGGAAUAAAAGAAAAUGCUAUCCAAUUUUAUUCCAGCAAUAUUUGUUGAGUAGAUCAGUAUUGUCAUCUGAAGUCAGGUUAAGUGAUGUAUUCUUUUGCGUAUAUGAUAUUUCAGUCUUGUGACAUGUUCAGUCAGACCAUUAUAUAUGGGUUAAAAUAUAGCCUUUGAAGUAAGCGUACUAAGAAUUGACAGCAUGUACUGUUGAGCCUGCUUGUACCUUUCCUCGUGACUGCUACCUUCUGAAAACCCCAAUAAAGUAUUUUUAU